AUGUUCCGAUCAUUAAGCAGAAGUAGAAAAUUUAGUUCUACUUCAUCGCCCCGAAUGUUGCUGUCCGUUGUUGCAUCACUUGAGAAAGGGUUUUCAUCUGUCAGUGUGGACAAAAUUGGAAUACCGCUUGCUGUUAAACGCAGUCCGACUGAUUUACUUCGUGCAUUAGCCAGUACAAUAGAUGUUGAUCCAACUGCUCCUCAUUUUGCUUUCAUCGACGAUCCUUUGACGAUUCCUACAGAUUCACAACGUGAUUUAUAUUAUGUUGCCAAAGAAUUGGGGCGUCGUGCUGCACAAAAGUUAGCUCAAGAAUGGCCAACACUGUUCAUGUAUGAUACAGAUAUACCACGAAUUCAGGCUUAUCGACCACAAAAACCAAUCGUUGCUACUGAUCUUGAACUUACUGUAGAAAAUUUACAAAAAUUAAUUUCAGCAAAGGAAGUAAUUAGUGCUGGUCAGCUAUAUGAUAGAAUGGCUGCUGAUAGUAUGCCAAUACCACGCGAUAUACUGGUUGAUUUAUUUCGAUUGUUAGUUUAUUAUAAUGGAAAAUCAAUUCCGACGACUGAAAUUUCUUGGCAUGGAUGGCGAAAUUACGGUAGCCAAAUGGAACAGGAAUCACAAACUUGGGAUAGCGGUGGUGCUGCAGAUCUUUUAUUUGAAGAGCUCGAUAAAGAUGAAGAAAUUUAUUCGUUGAUGAUUGCUGGAUUGUGUAAAUACCAAAAUGCUGAAUGCGUUCUACGCGUUGCAGAACUAUAUGAAGAAAUGCGAAAAAAUGGCUUUAUUCCAACAGUUGAAGCGUACUGUGGUCUAAUAUCUAUUGCAAAGACUUGGCAGGAGGCUAUUUUUUAUCUAAAAGAUAUGUCUCGGAAUAAUGUUAGACCACAUAUUUGUAUUUUCAAUGUUAUGAUUGAAAAAUCUUUGUCUCUGCUGCAUCGUGGUCAAUUUAAUACAGCUGUUAAAAUAAUGCAUGAAGCAUUGGCAGUUGAUUGUCAGCCAACUUUGCGUACAUACUCUUUACUGAUGAGAAGUUGUUUGGAAGACAAGAAUAUUAGUAAGUCUGUGUGCUUGGCUUACUUGACGCAAAUUUUAACGAAACUUGAACAGAGUGAGGCGGUUGAUAUGUUUGAGAAAGGUGAUGAAGAAUUUUUCAUUAAUGCAAUGGAUUUGGCUUAUCAAGCAAAAAAUAUCAAUAUUGCGAAGAGAAUAAUAUCUUUUUAUCGUGCGUCAAACAACCACAUUCGCUUACCUGCUUUUCUAGGAGAAGCACAGUUCUAUGGAUUAUAUUUACGUAUCCUUAUCAAUCAGUCAUCUUUACUAGAACUUGAAAAACAGUAUUUUUCACUGGUUCCUCGUGUGGUUCCAUUUUCUAUGAAUUUAGCAAAUAUGAUGCUUCGAAGGUUACAGGAGGAACAAAGUGUGCCAUGGACAUUUUCUCGUAGGAUAGUUGAAGAUUUUAUCACUGGGCGUCAUGUUUUGCGACCAAAUUUGAAUAAGCAGUUAUGCUCUUAUUUGCUGACCAUAAAUUUAGUGAAAAUGACCGUAGAAGAAAGAGAAGAACUGCUUCAUUUGGUUAUUAAAAUUGUUGAUAUUUUUCUUGAAAUUAGUCGAUUCUCCGAGUUAAAACAUUUGCAGAAGAUGCAAAAGAAGAUGGAACCUGAUUUUAUAGUGGAUAUGUCUUUGAUGAUGAUAAGACUUGGUGAAAAGGAAAGAAGUUGGAAUUUUUUAUCGCUGUUAUUGGAUGAAAAUUUGAAAAAAGGGGAAACUUCUAUUAUUAGUACAGAUGAGUACCCCAGUUAUGAAAAUUUGAAUUUAUUGAUGGAAGAAGCUUUGAAAGAAGGUAAUUGGUAUAAUGCAAGUUGUUGUUUGCAAAUAAUGGCGUCAUAUUCAUUAUCAAAAAAUCUGAAAUCUGAAGUCAGCCGGAUCAACAAACACUGCAAGUUAAGUCCCGUACAAGCGAGGAUUUUAGAAAAUUUUGUAGAUAUUCGAGUUUAA